AAGUGGCACAGGACGCUGCUAGACAACUGAUUACUAUCAUUGAGAAAAAGGGAGCAGCAGCCAUCAGCAGCUUUGUUGAAUCUCUUAAGCAGCAUGACUACUACCUUUAUGAGGACUUGCAAGGGAGAUGAUCAGGCUGAUGGACAGAUUCCAUAUUCAACGUGUACAUUACAGAGAGUAGUUGAUUUCUACUUCCAAUCAGUAGGUUCAGCCAAGGAGGCAACUCAACAUAGCUUAGACUUGCUAGCUGAGGAUUUGAAGGAGUUGUAUACAUCAGCCUGUUUUCAAAAGUUUCAUCCUCUUGGAGAAGACAUAGACAUCCUUUUUGAUUUAGAAACAACAUUCACAGAUGCUGUGUUUUGGAAAAAGGAUACCAUGAAUAACAGGAAGGGGCAUGUAACUCUGACAAAGCUUUUGAGUGAAUUCAAGAACCCCAGUGUCAUUGAAGGGGAAGCUGGCAAAGGCAAGACAACUCUGCUGAAGAGAGUAGCUGCGCUCUGGGCCUCCGGGGAAUGUCCAGCUUUGAAAAAGUUCAGGCUGGUCUUUUUCAUUAGCUUGAGUGGAGCAAAAGGAGGGAUAUAUGACACAGUUUGCGAGCAGCUGCUUAGGGUUCCCUAUGACAUAGAGAAGGAAGCCUUUAAAAAAGCCUUGUGGAAGCUGAAGGAGGAGGUGCUCUUCCUGUUGGAUGGUUAUGAUGAGUUUAAACCAGAAAACUGCCCAGAGAUGGAGUCGUUGAUUAAGGAGAAGCGUAAAUUCAAGAACAUGGUGGUGGUAACUACUCGUACAGAAACCGUUAAGAUGGUGCGCAACAUCGCUGAGACGGUUGCAGAAAUCGGGGACCUGAGCGAAGAGAGUGCCAAGGUCCUCAUCGAGAAUGUCCUGAAGCCAGAGCUGGCCACUGACCUGUUGCUGCAGCUGAAAGAAUCAAGCACCAUGCAGGAACUGAUGAAGACACCCCUCUUUGUUGUCAUCUCCUGUGCCAUCCGAAUGGGGGAGACCAACAUCAUUCCCAAAACCCAGACUGCUCUCUUCUGCACACUGUAUGAUCUUAUGGUCGAGAAGAACCGAUACAAGACCCAGGGCCUUUCUGAUUCAUUGGUCCUCCAGAGCAUUAACAAUUGUGGGGAUUUAGCUCUGAACGGGAUAUUUGAGCAACAGUUCAGUUUCUCCUUGGGCCAACUGUUGUCUGAACAACACGAGAAGGUCUUAUUGGCAGCAGGCCUUCUUAACAAAUACACUUCCCAUGUGCUUAAUCCAGUGUACCAGUUCUUUCACAAAUCAUUCCAGGAGUACAUAGCAGGUAGGAGACUGCAUGCAUUACUUACUUCCAGCACAAAAGUAGAGGUAGAAAAAGGAUUCAGAUAUUUGUGUCAGAUUGACAAUAUUUCAGAUAUUAAUAACAAGUACUACAAUCUACUGCUGUACACAUGUGGAUCUUCCAAGAAGGCUGCUAAACUUGUGAUCCAACACAUGGCAAACAUUCACAACCAUGGAAGUCUUAUGGGAAUAUCUCCGAUCAGUGACGGGCAGAGUGUGACAUCAGACAAUGAGGAGACCGUAGAUCCUCAGAACUUGGAAGAACUUGAAAAGCUCCAGGAAAUGAACAUGGACCGUUUUGUGGUCUGUGCCCUGAACUUCUUUUCUGAAAGCCACUCAGAGUCUGAAUUGAGUGCGGAUUUUGAAGCAUUCUUUCGCAACAAAAGGCUGCACAUCAGUAAUCUGAGCAUCCCUUCAUACCUGUUUGACUUCUUUAAAUAUCUGCCCAACUGCUUGGAAGGAUUGAGUCUCAUCACACUGGAGUUGUUUGGGAAAAAUAUUAGCUCCGAAAUUGGGACCCAUGACAAAAAAAAGACUUUCAUUCCAGAGCAGGCAGUGCCUCUUUUUUAUGACUGGAGUCGCAGCGUUAACACCAUGCAAGUCUCACUGAAGGACUUCCAAACGUUACCUAGAAAAGAUAGGAUUUCUUUAGGUAAAAUCUGCUCCUCUGCCUUGAGCCUUAGGCUUCACAUUACCGGAAGCAGUGGUAUAAGUGGGAAGCUGCAGGACAUUCUUAAACGGUGUGAACAGAACAUACAUGAGCUUGUCAUUGAAGCAACUCCUCUAACAUUAGCAGAUGAACAGCAGGUUGUUUUGAUGAAGCAUUUGAAAACUUUAUACAUCAGCGACCUGCAGACUGAAAGAUUAGAGGGUGGAUUUAUUGACCGUUUACAAAACCUACAAAACAUUAAGAAGUUGACCUUAAACAACAUAAAGAUGGCUGAAUCAGAUGCUAAACAACUGGCUGAGGGUAUGAAGCAUUUGAAAAUGCUCGCUGUGCUGCACUUGUCUCUGCUGACGGGAAUUGGAAACUGCCUCACUUCUGUUAUUGAGGCAGCAACUGGUGCUGGAUGCAGACUUGAAGUGCUGGAACUUGUUGAUUGUUGUCUAACAAAGGAGGCUGUCACAGUUCUGGUUCAAAAUCUGAAAAACCUUCAAAAACUUCAAGUGCUCGAUUUAUCUGAAAAUCACCUGGAGGAAUAUGCAAGUGAUUGUGUUGGAGGGCUAGUUGAUGGAUUAAGAAAUCUGCCCAGCCUACACACGCUGAUGCUGCCAUGGGGAAAGAAUGUGAAGGACUGUUUGAUAAAGCUCCUGGAACACCUGCCAUGGCUAAGAAAGCUUGGACUGCAAAAGUGGGGUAUCACAGAUGAAAACAUUGAGCUCUUAACUUCUUCAAUAAAGAGUGGAGGUUUUACAGAUCUUCAGCAUCUGGACCUGGCAGACAACUGUGUUUCCAGUAAAGGUUGGCAUAGAUUCCUCGGUGCAAUGCAGAUGCUGAGGAGGCUGGAGUUUGUGGAUCUCAGUAGUAAAGAAGAGCUGGAUCCAGAACCAAGUCUUCUAAGAGAUCUUGGCAAACUGGUCUCUGAUCUCUCCUCGCUACAGGACGUUGGGCUGCUCCAAUGGAAGCUGGAUGAAAAUGACUUGAUGAUCCUCAACAAAGGGAAGACCAAAUACGGCCGGGAGUUUAAUCUGAGAGUCACAUCAGAAAAAGUGAAUGAGGAUGAGGAAGAUGAAGAAGGUGAGCUGUAAACAAUCAGUUCCUUACUGCUGAUUUAGACCAUUUUCUUUCUCUGAAGUGGACCUGAUGUGCCGCUGCUGAUGGGCUGGGAGCUUGUUUUGAACCGGCCCUUUGGGAAAUGGGUGUCGUUCUGUUUUUAAAUGAACUUGCAGUUUGAGCAAUACUAAGUGCUUUGUUAGGCAGGUGCUGAUAGCAAAACGUAUUUGCUGAGUAAGCUGAUAUGGUACCAUUAAAAGGGGUGCCCAUUGUGAUUUGUAGAACCAUUUCUCUCUGGUGAAAUGGUCAUUUUUCUUUUUAAUACAGAAAAAAAAAAUUUGUAUCUUGAGGGGCAGAAUUGGGGAGAGAUUUUUUUUUUUUAAGUGGCUGGUGAACCUUAUUUAUGUACAAAGAUACAGUGCACAAAAGCCUGCCUAACAGGUAACAGCAGAUGAUAAUACCAAAUAUACAGACAAUCCACAAACUGUUGAUGUAAAUAUCAUGGCAUUAUUCAUUUAUGGUUUUAUAUUUGUAUGUAUUGUUUUGACUGAGAAAGGGUAAAUUAUCAGUGAGAAACCUUCGGCCACACAUUA